AUUGUACUGUGCAAGACUGAAAAUGAACGUAGUGUUUAACUGGAAACUUAAAACUUGAAAGUUAACUAAUUUGUGUUCAAACAAUUGUGGCAAAAAUCAAAACGUAAAGUAUCGAGUUUACAAAGUGAUUUUAAUCGCAUUCAAUAACUUUUUCUUUUUUGAAAAUAGGUAUUUUUACCACACGGCGAAAAUGAGUUUACACAAAAACAGAAUUAAAGCAUUUCAAGAAGUGUUAAACAUGGAACACAUUGAUAUGAGCACUCUCCAAAGUCUGGCAUUUAAUGGUAUACCGGAGGAAAAGGGACUCCGAUCUAUAGUUUGGAAAGUGUUGCUGUAUUACAUCCCUACUCGGAAACAAGACCGGCAAUCAACACUUUUAAAAAAGAGACAGCUUUAUAAACAAUUAAUAGAUGAAAUAAUAGUUUUACCUGGAGGACCAUCAGACCAUCCACUGAGUGUCAGCCCUGGAAGCUCUUGGAGUAAAUACUUUAAAGAUAAUGAAGUAUUACUUCAAAUUGAUAAGGAUGUGCGGAGGUUGUGUCCUGAAAUAUCAUUUUUUCAGUCAGCUACUGAAUACCCUUGUGAAGAAAUUGUGGGCAGCAGUGAAGUGAAGCGUCUGCACAAGCGGGUCGAACAGUCGGCAUUGAAGUGUUCAGUACUGGACAGUGCAGGCAUCCGCAUGGUGAAGGUGAGCAGCAAGGCGGCGCGUGCGGCGCCGGGCGGCGACUACGUGCCGCUGAAGGACGGCAGCGAGGCGCACUGGGAGGUGGUGGAGCGCAUGCUGUUCAUGUACGCCAAGCUGAACCCGGGCCAGGGCUACGUGCAGGGCAUGAACGAGAUCAUCGGCCCCAUCUACCACACCUUCGCCAGCGACCCGGACCCCGACUUCCGGCAGUACGCUGAGGCGGAUUGCUUCUGGUGUUUCACCAACCUGAUGGCGGAGAUCCGGGACUUCUUCAUCCUUUCACUAGACAACUGUGACAGCGGCAUCAACUUCAAAAUGAGGAAAUUGAGCGACGCCGUAAGGCAGCAAGACUUCUGCGUGUGGGACCUAAUGGAGAAACAGGAACUGAAGCCGCAGUACUACAGCUUCAGGUGGCUGACGCUGCUGCUCUCGCAGGAGUUCUCGCUGCCCGACGUGGAGCGAAUCUGGGACUCGUUGUUCGCAGACCCUCACAGGUUCGACUUCCUCAUCAACAUCUGCUGCGCCAUGAUACUAUUAGUGAGAGAAAACAUACUCAGCGGCGACUUCGCUUCCAACGUAAAGCUGCUGCAGAAGUACCCCCCCAUGGAAGUGACGAGCAUUCUGAACAAAGCCGCGAACAUAGUUCAUACGUAGUUAUAUUAUUACUUAAGGCAUGUCUGUAAUGUAUAUUUUAAAGUAUUAGUUAGGUUUAAAUAAUACUUAAUUAUUUAUAGUAUAUUAUAAUUUAAUAUGGGCAUUGCAAUCUUUCGCCGACUGGAAGCGCUCUGGUGUUGCGAGAGAGAUUGGCCAGCGGUGAUCACUUACCAUUUUAUUGAGCUCCCCCCCCCCCCCCCAAAUUCAUUCCGUCGCGGUCGUAUACUGCCUGUUGGUGGUAUCUAGAUAAAUUUAAUUGGUAAAAAUAUUUCAAUAAUUAAUGAAUAUUGUACACAGUUUUACGAUGAUAGGUAGGGGAGGGCGGGGCUGGUAUUAACAAAUUUUGUAUUAUGAUUUAUAUUUUCGUUGAUAAUAGACCUUUUCAUUUUAUUUUUUAUUGAAAACAUGCUUUGGUUAUUCAGCUAUGACCUUAAUAACAAAAAUAUCAGGUAUGUAAGUGCUUCCAGAAAGAGAGCCAUGAAAACCAAAAAAGUCAUUUGUUAAUUAUAUACCCCGCAUGUGGGGCGAAUAUUAACGGAGCUGGGGUAAGUAUUAACGUCAGGGGCGAUUAUUAACAGAGAAUAAAAUUUUAUCAAAUACUUAAAUAAAAUGUCACUGACAUUAAUGAAAAUGUUUUACUGCCUUUAAUGUUAAACAAAUUAGUACUUUUUAUGAUAGGAACUCAAAGAAUAUAACAAAUUCUUUUAAAUCUACACUUAAUAACAAUCAUUGCUACAUUUUGAAUAUUUUUAAGCCUUAAAAAAAUUAAACACACAGUUUAAACUUAAUUUUUUAAAGUUACUUAAACUUUUUAGGUUCAACAGUCUUUAAGUUUCUUAAUGAAGUAAAAAAAAUUGUAUUAUCUUAUAAAUCUGUUACAUAAAUUUUUUAAAUAGUUUAAAUAUAAUAAUUAAAUAAUAAGGUAACUAGUUUAAUCAGUCUUAAACUAAUUUGUACUUAAACUUAGACAGGAAACAGGUACUUCAUAUCAGGCAAUAAUUAAUCAGAAUACGAUUUCUCAUCAUCUGAGAAACAGUUGAGGCAUAUGUAUUUUCUGGUAUCACCUAUAAUACAGGUGAUAUGAGCCCAUACUUUGCAUAAAAUACAUUGUAUCCAGUCAUGUCCAGAUGUGUCUUCAUUAUAAGACUCGGCACAAACUAAACAGAAGCAGGUAUCUUCUUCACUAACAUCCUGCAGAAUAUGCUUCUUAAUCUUUUCUACUUCUACUUUCCGGGUUUCUUUACCUUUACUUUUCCCUUUUCCUUUGCCUUUACCCUUAUUUUUAGUUUCAGUCAGACUAGUUACUAUCUUUUUUGAUGAUUUUAAUUUUGUUUCCUCCUCUAAGGCCAAUUUUUCGGGAGUAUCAGUGAGAAUCGUUGAUUUCCUUGAACGCUUUCGUUUGGAUUCGACACGAGGAGGUGCUUUUGGAAGCGAUCUUAUUGUUUCUACGGUAAACUUUUCUGUAGGCUUUGUAUUUGACGGUCCUGGUUCAUUUGACGGUCGCUGCUUAUUUGAUGGUACGUGUGAUAGUUGACCAAUAACCUCUGAAAUACUUAUGUCAAUAUCAGGCAUGUUAUCUGUAAUUUUAUUUUGGAUUGAAGAGUUUUAAUUUAGUGAUACUUCUUCUGGGUUGACAGAUUUAUCUCCAGGCUGAAGUGAUCCCUGGUUGUCCAUCGAAGCAGUAUUUGGAUCAGGACGAUCAGUUAUAAAUGAUGGAGCAAAGUCACAGUCUUGAAAGACAUCUUCAUUGCACGGCCAAAUCCCAGCUUUUUUAAAUGAGUUGAUGAUAUUGUUUUGAGUGAAUGCCAGUGGAAAUGCUUCUUUUACAAUUCCAGGGAGAUCAUAGAUCGUCAUGGUCUUCCCAGGAUGAUUAAUCAUCCAGUUCGUUUGCUGCCGGCUAAUAUAUUUUUUAAACGGUCCAUACACACUAACAUCUAGAGGUUGAAGAUUAUGGGAACAAUGUGGAGGGAAAGACAAAAGAAUGAUGUGUUUUUUUUUGCCUUGGCUAUUACCUCCACAUUCACAUGAGAAUGAUGAUUAUCUAAUAGAAAUAAAACUGGCUCAUGUUCUGAUGUUUUAACAUGUUUUAGAAAGUGGUCAAUAAAUAUUGAAAAUUCUUUUUCAGUCAUCCAUCCGGAACUAUUUCCUACGCCUACAGACCCGAGCAGCCCAUUUUGGACGAAUAAAUCACUAUAUCUGAUCCGUGGAAAAACGAACAUACAUGGUAUUAAAUUACCAAUAGCAUUUGCCGUUGCUGCAAUUGUGGCGAGAGUACCCAGUUCUGCAGAUGUGACUGCCCCUACUUGCUUGGAACCUCGUUGAGCUACCACUUUCUUGGGUUUUUGCACCGUUUUGACUCCAGUCUCGUCUACGUUCCAGAUUCUACUCGGUGAAAAAUUGUAUCGCUGAAGCACUUCUUGAUAUUUUUCGAAAAAUGAAUGAACAUUAGUACGGUUGAAGGCUCUGCUUAAGCUGGUCGCCUCAAGACUCCGAAUAGACAAGGAUGCGUUGCGCUGCAUAAAACCAGCAAACCAAUCUUUGCCAGCCUUUCCGUCUCUUUUCCAAGAUUCUGGAAUAUUAUCUAUCUUGUAUCGAAUGGCAAGCUCGUAAGCUUAUUUUUUGACAUCGUCUGGUACCAAUCCAAAUUAGACAUUAGAACAUUUUACUAAAUAAUCAGCUAUCAUUGUUUCUUGCUCAGAAUUGAAAACUAGACGGUUUUUUUAUAACCCAGUUCAACAGAAGUUCCCUCCUUUUUUUUCUUUAGGUAUUUAAACAGUGUUGCAUGACAAAUAUUGUAUUUAGUAGCAACAUCUCUAUAUUUCUUGUUUUUUACCAGAACUUCUUCAGCUGCCAGCUCAAAUACUUCUUGAGACGUAGACCCCCUUGUACUUUUACUUUUGUAAUUUCUCAUUCUAUAAAAAAAAUACUUGUUGCAAAAAAAAACUCGUUUAAUAUCACAUACCUACACAUGGGGUAAGUAUAAACAUGUUAAUACUGACCCCACUCAAUUUGUUAAUUUCAGCCCCAAGGUCACUUUUUAUAUUUCAUCAAUUACAGAAAAUAAACUAGUCAAAAUAAUUGGAAAAACACGUAUGAUAGUUUUAAAAUCAAUAAAAUACACUUCCAUUUAGGAUAAACUUUGAUUAGUUUAGCGAAAAAAUAACUCUUAAAUCAAUUUAUUACGAAGUACAAAAAGUUUGUUUACCUGUCAAUUUGAGGUUAUUACGCAUAACUAUCACUAGCGACGGCCGAUCGAUAACUGACAAGUUAGGACACGUUCGGCUGUGUAUAUAGUUAUUCCAAAUCGAGUCUCAAUUUUUUAUCCCUUCACGUUUGGCGAGAAUAAGCUUGUUAAUUCUUACCUCAGUUAAAACCAGCCCCGCCCUCCCCUACUAAUAUUGUUUAUUAAAUUCUAGUUUUAAGAAAGGGCCGGCUUCGCUAGGAUUCCAUAGUAUGUUGGGUGCGUGAUGUUUGUAAGGUACCAAUUAUAAGGCGAAGACUAUAUUAUGUCUUUUAAUAAUCUCGUGAAGUUAGUAAUACUUCAUUUAAAAUAAGUUGUAUGGGGUUUAUUGUGUGGCGAUGUUAUUUUUAUAACGAAUUUAUAUUAAAUAAUUAUUAUGUAAUUAUUAAGAAUCAGACGGAGCGCGGCGGACACAAGCGUGAAGCACCUCGCGUCAUACUACAUACAUACAUUAUGAGUCGCAUUGUUUACACGUCACUAAUAAAUAUUAAGUAAAAGUUGUUUCCAAAAAUAAAGUAAUGAAAAUGGAAUAUGGUAUUCCAUAGGGUACUAUUGUUUUAAUACAAUUUUUUUUAACAGUGGAACACAAAACUUCCACAUAUAUUAAGUUUUCCCGCAUUUAGGGAAAUGUAGCAGCUUUUCACCUGUUCCACUGUAUGUCUGUCUGUCUGUUUGUAAUUAAUGAAUGUUUCUUGUCAAUAUUAGAAAUUAUUAAUUAAUUUUGUUGAAUAAAAUUUAAAUUUAGAAUUGAGAAUGUAUGGAAUAUUUUAUAAUGAAGUUCCGUAUGGGGCGUUACCGACACUUAGCCGGCAAUAAACGUCCGUAAGGUUAAAAAAAGCGUAAGAUUUUUUAAAUAUAUUUAAAAUAAAUACUUUUUGAAACAUAUUUUUGGAAAUUGUUUUUUUGAAAUAAUUUUAUUGUUUUUUAUAGAAUUUAUGAAGUGAAACAUCUUUAGCGGCGUUGAGCACUUAUCUUGGGAUGAGUAUAAAAUGUUAAACUCGCGUCAGUACACGUGACCUGAUCGAAAAUUCGUAAGACAAUCGUUGAAAUUAUGGAUGAUUGAUUUAUACUUCUUACUAAUUAAAGUUCGGCUAUUAUAACUUAAUGAUCAUAUUCAAAUAUUUUUAUUCAAGAUAGGAUAUUAAAUAACUUAUUGAAAGUUAAAAACUACCACCUUUUCCAAAAGGUAUGCCUCAGACCUGAGAAGAACGGACGCAACAAUUUCAGUGGAUUUUUUUUUAUAAUAAUAUGGUUUCGAUGUAAAAUCGUACAAUCAAAUUAUUGCUCUUAAUGAUUCUUUAGGACCAAGGUUAUAAAUAGCGCAAAUAGCCCUCUUCUACAGUACAAAGUUGGUAUUAAUAUCGGCAGCGUUGUCCCAUAGCAAUAUACCAUAGGACAUAAUACUAUGGAAAUAACUAAAGUAGGUAUACUAGUCGCGCCGUAUCUAUGUCAGUUAAUUGUCUAAUCUUUUUACCGCGUAUGCUGCAGAACUAAUGAGGCUACGCUCCUUUGCACAGGAUGUCGGCUAGAUUAUGUACCACAAUGGACACUAUUUCUGCCGUGAAGCAGUAAUGUGUAAACAUUACUGUGUUUCGGUCUGAAGGGCGCCGUAGCUAGUGAAAUUACUGGGCAAUUAAUGAGACUUGAUAACUUAUGUCUCGAGGUGACGAGCGCAAUGGUAGUGCUGCUCAGAAUUAUUGGGUUUUUGACGGACCCUAAACGGCACUGCAUUGCUAUGGGCAGGGCGUAUCAAUUACCAUCAGCUGAACGUCCUGCUCUAAAAGUUUUAAAAGUUUCAUGGUGUUAUUAUCGAUAUUGAAGAACUUUCAUACAAACUUCCAAUUCCAUAUUUCAAUUGCCUUUUAUUAGCGAUAAAUCUAUCUCUGUAAUAAAUUUCAUCAAAAUCGGUUCACUGGUUUAGGUGUGAAAGCGUAACAAAGAAACUUACAUUCACAUUUAUAAUAUUAGUAGGUUGUAUAAAAGACAGAUUGCUAAAUCGCUAUUUUAUAGAUGCCACCUAUUUGGCAACCCGAUCCCCUGCUUCUAUUGAGCUGGUUAAUAGGUUGAUAUGCACUGCCUCUUUUGAGCAGAGUAAGAAUUUUAUAACCACUGUUUCUAUUGAGCAGUGUACUUUAAGUAAAGAAUUGGAAUAUUUUCCUCUCCUCUAGCAGUGUAAAAUACAAUGUAAUAUUACAAGUACUAGAAUAAUUAAUAAUUGUAAAACUGCAAACCUGAUGCACCAAACAUGUACGGAAAAAAGUAGUUAUUCUAAAUAAAUUUUUAUAAAAGCUUUUCUUUAACGUUACCCCUCCACAAGGCCUCAUAAGGAACUUCGUUCGUUGCGUUGUAGUACAAGACAUGCGACAGAAUUGCCGUGUAAAGUUCUCUCUCUCUCCCUACUCUCGCUCCAUAGCUAUCUGCUUUAUGCUACGUUCUCACUCUAUCUUAAUCGCUCUCUCCCUCUUCUUCAAAACAAAAACGUCCCACAUUUUCGUGUCACCUUAUUGCGUUUCAUCCGUAAAAAAUUUACCCUUGAAACUUUACGGAGAAGUUUCACUUCAAAAACCAUAUCUUAUCACAAAAUUUCAUCUUAAUCGUUAUAUUCGCUUCCGUGAUGGUACCAAGUUCAAACUUAAUAGCAAUAUGUGAAUUUUAUAUCUUGAAAAAGAAGAAAUUUUGAUUCUGAUAAUGAGUUUUAUACAAGUGCCAUAGCGGUUUGUUUGUAUAUAAAGCAAAAAUCACAAAAAUAAAAUAUUGUAAUUCACAAACAAUGUAAUUCCCUAAAUUUCGAAAUAAACUCAAUUACAAAUUCCCGAUUACUCAUCAUUAUGCAGCAAAGAAUAUAAUACUCUCUGACGAUGCAGUGUGCAACCGUGCGUAUUAUCCAACAUCUCGAAGUGGUAUGAGACAAAUGGCGCGCGGGUUUUCGCAUUCACGUCUCACGAGCGGGACAAACGGCUCGGCGCGCUGUACCGCCUGGUUUUCACACUCACGAGCAUGCUACAUUGAUCGGACGAGCCACGCCUAUUGGCGUGGCGCGAUGGAGUUUCGGUCGUUUGAAAUUCCAUUUUUUCUUUACACUCCAUUUGGAUUGCUGGCAUUUUGACAUUCACGAGCGGAUUUUUGAGAGUUCACGAGCCGUUUGGAGCGAUGGCGUGCCCGUGAAUGGGGGGCUUUACACGACUUCACCUAGUUUUUCUCUCCAUGCGAUUAUAUUUUGUUAAUCUGUGUGAUGAUAAUAAUAAAAGUUAUAAAACUAGUUCAAGGGAAGUACAAAAUUAUUAGGUAUAAUUACAAUUUGAAUUUAAUUUUUUUAUCCGUUUAAUAUGACAAGUGUAGGUAUUUAGCAAUUUGCUGUAAAAACGCCCGAAUACAGAGCACUCAAUGACUGCUGUACACAACAAACACCACUUCAAAUCAUUCGUGUGCCAUUUAGCUUAUAGAACAAUACUAGCUUACCUGACAGACGUUGUUCUAUGCACAAUAAAAAAUAACUCUUGCGGAUGGAAUUUUGGAAAAUUCGUUCUUAGCUGACCUCUAUUCGGUGAAAAGAAUAUUCCUGCCAAAUUUCAAGUCUUUAGCUCUAAUGGUUCCAGAGAUAUCGUGAUGAGUGACUAUAUACGUGGAAAUCUCUUAUAUAUAUAACAAUAUUAAGCCACACGGCUUUCUCUUAAAUAAUUUCUAUCGUUGUUAAGUACAAACAAUGACUGAUUUAAUGUCAUCAAUUAAGUUUGUAUAUAUUAAUAUAAUUCUAAAUAAUUAAUAUUGUAACCUAGAUAUAUAAACGACGCGGCUCUGGAAAGCCCCACCUCCGCUGCACCAGUAUGUUUUGCGGUGAACGGUGCUUAGGUAGUGCGGUAUCGAGUUGGAGCGCAGCGGAGACCAGUCCUUAAUCUAAGUACUUUGUAUUUUUUAUAUGUCGGUUGGUUCUGAUCUUGUAUCUUCUUAUAUUGUGAGAAAUAAAUAGUUUAAUUUUG